AUGUUUUAUUCUGAAAACCUUUUAUCAAAAGAGGGUCCUUUAGCUCAAGUUUGGUUAGCAGCCAACUUGGAAAGAAAACUAUCCAAAAAUCAGUUCCUACAGUCCAAUAUUGUUCAAUCCACUAAAGCUAUUGCAAACGCGUCUUCUCAAAAUGAUGAAUCAGAAGCCCUUGCCUUGAGACUUUCAGGUCAGUUAUUAUAUGGUGUUGUUAGAAUUUAUUCAAGAAAAGCUAAAUAUUUAUUGGAUGAUGUCUCAGAUGCUUUGCUAAAACUAAAGUCUGCUUUCAAG